AUGUUGCAUUUACCACAUGAGAUCGAAAGAGCCAUAUUUCAAGUUGCAGCAGGCGUUCACCCUACCAAUCAUUUACCCUCAUAUCUAUUAGUCGCUGAAAGAGUUCGACAAUGGAUUGAGGAGGUGAUGUAUCAUACUAUUGUAUUCACCAGCGAAGCACAAGCAUGCCGUUUCGUCGAGUCUCGACCUGUGGCGUCCGCAAAAGUCAAAUCACUCUGUCUUGGCAGCACAUUGCAUCUUGUGACAGCGGCAGAUGUCAUGGAGCUGUGCAGUCAUGUUGACAGCCUUGCCCUCUGGAUUGUACGUGAAGGUGAUGCCCCUGGGGUGCCGGCUUGCCUCUUGAAUGCCUUUAACAGGCUUCCAAAGUUGUCGCAGCUGUCCAUUCGUGUUUCAACUGUCUUCUGCAGAAAUGCAGUACCAUUUCUGCCAUCUAUGCCUAUAUUCAACAAAAUCACUCACCUUGAAUUGCUGGAGGGUUGGGUGCUUUGGGGUUUUCCUAUCGGCAUACAUUAUUUGACACGACUUACGCAUCUAUCCUUACGAGUGGUCGCCCACCAGACAGCACCAGCAUCACUCCGCAUAAUUCUCAUGAAUUGUGUUUGCCUUGAACUAUUGGUUUUACGCGUGAUAGAGGGACUGGGCGAAGUGGGUGAUAUAGAGAAAUGGCUGGAAGAUGAAGGUCUCGCUGAUCCGCGCAUUGUUGUAACAACCAUGACUCCUUAUCACUCCUGGGUCAAUGAUGAUAGGAGUCUAUGGCAGUAUGGAGAUUAUAUUUUGAAGGAUCGAACCCGUACUAGCUGA